UUUCCCCUCAGUUCUCCUCAGUUCUCCUCCUCAUGUUCAGAUGCUAGCUGCUUUACCCUUUCCGCAGGUUGUUCUCUUGCUGUGAGCACUCACCUUCGUGUUUCGUGUAAUAAUAUUUCUUCCGUCUUUGUCGCGAGUCGGCGACAGUGCUUUGCAUGGAUUAUUUCAUCGUAUCACUUAUUGGACCCGCUUAAUAACAAAAAAUAUUAUUAUAAAAAGAAUAUUAUAUUAUCAAAUAAAAAAAUUAAAACAUUCACAUUUCAAGAUAAUAAAUUAUAUCAUUAAAUAGAAGAGUUAUACUGUGAAUCCUUGGUUGAAGACUUGAGACGUCCUUGAAACGCAUACACAGUCUGAAGGAAGGAUCCAGAGAGCCCAGUAAAGAAGAGAAAGAAAAAAAUACAGAUAAAAAUUUGUAGAGAAAUAAAAAAAUAAAAGAAGAAUCUCAUGACAGGUUAACCGAGAAAGUGAGGGGAAAAGAAAAAGAGUGUAAAGUGCUGAAAAAAUUUUGGAUAAAACCUGGGAGAGAAAGAGAGCAAGAAAAAAAAAAAAAGGAGAAAAGUUGAAUUCUUGAGAAAGAAGAUAGACACAGCUGUGUAUAUACGUUUGUUCAUUAAAAUUGGUUCCUCCAGAUCAUCAUCAUCAUCAUAUAUUUAAAAAAAAAAAAAUAUAUUAAUUGAUACUAUUAAAAAGGAAGAAUAAUAUUAACAAAGUGUCAGUGUUAAUUUAAUUUAAAAAAAAAAAAAAAAUGUCGUUGAUGAAAGAAGAAAAACCAUGGGCAAGAUUGUGUCAUAUUAUAAAAUGGGAUGAUUUUGAUGGCUAUGGAUUUAAUUUACAUGCUGAAAGAGGAAAAAAUGGACAAUUUAUUGGUAAAGUUGAUGAUGGAUCACCAAGUCAAGCUGCUGGUUUACGUCAGGGUGAUCGUAUUAUUGAAGUUAAUGAAAUAAAUAUUUUAAAUGAAACACAUAAACAGGUAGUUGAUCGUAUUAAAGCAUUUGCAAAUGAAACAAAAUUACUUGUUGUUGAUCAAGAAGCUGAUGAAUAUUUUAAAACAAAUAAUAUCAUUAUUCGUGGUACAUCAACGACACAUAUUAAAAUUAUUAAAACACCAGAAAAAAAUCCAGCAAGUAUUGAAAAUGAAGCAAGAUCUGAGGGUAGCAUCAGUUCCAUGGAAGAUAAUAUGAGAAAAUCUGUUGGUUCAAAUGACACAUCAUCAAAUAAUGGUAGUACAAUUGCAGCAACAACAACACCAACAAGUGAAGAUAUAAUGUCAUCAGAUAAAAUAACUCAUGAAAAUGGAAAUAAUGAUAAUAAUGUUGAUAAUGGUAAUAAUGGUGCUAUUAUUGAUCAGCAUGAUGGUCAUUCUGAGACUGGUAAUGGAACAACAGCAACUAAAAAAGGUUUAAAUCUCAUGAUGAGUGCUAAAGAAUUACGUGCUAAACUUGCUGCACGUAAAAAAUAUGAUCCUAAAAAAGAAUCAUUGGGAUUUAAAGAUAAAUUUGAUAUUGUUCAAAAAUUGUAAUACAUUAUUUACUAAUGUAUCUUCAACAUAAACGCUUACAUUGUUAUCAAUUAUAUACGCGUUAUUGAUAUUGUUUUAUCGUUUUCUUUUUAUUUUUUUGUCAUAUUGAUUUACAAUUGUAAACACCGUCCAACAAUAUCAAUUAUUAUUUCAAUUAUUAUUAUUUUCUUUUCUUAUUUUUUAAACUUGACAUUGGUUUACGUACUAAAAGACAUUUUUUUAAAAUUUAUAAUUUCAUAUCAACUUUUGUUAAAUUUUUGUUUUUUUAAAUACAACAUUAGUCUGUGGAUUUAUUAAGAAAAUGAUAAUAAUUAUUUUAUUAUUAGUGUUAAAAUAUUCCUGCAGUGCAGUGAUAAAUAGUUUUUUUUUUUCUUAGUUACUUGAAAAUUUUUGAAUUUUUAUGAUGAUUAUAAAACUUGGUUUAUAUCCACAACUAAAUUUUCAAGAUAAAAAAAAUAAUAAUUUAAAAUGCUGUAUCCAACUACGUGGUCUUAUGUAAUCGUGUCAAUUAUCACGUUUGUCAUUGACGUCUAAUCGAAUCACUUCAUCAUUUAUUUAUUUAAAAAAAAAAAAUUAAUUAUUAUUUUUAAAUUCGAUGUAUAGAAAUAAUAAUGAUUAUGUCAUUAUAAUAUUUCGAGUAAUUUGAUACUGUUAUGUAUUUUCAAUUUUACAUGGCAAUGAUCUUAAAACUUGGUGAACGACAAGGUUGUUUAUUUUUUUUUUUUUAUGAUGAAGAGAUUCUUAAAAUACCGUUCAAAUAUUUAAAAAAAAAAGAAAUAAAAAAUACGAUAAAAUAUUAAUUAAUAUUUAAAAUUCAUGUUGUCUAUAAAUUUUCGAAUCAGUAUAUUAUACUUAUAGAAAAAUAAAAAGUACUUAAUAUUUUUUAUAAUGAAUAUACUUUUUUAUCGACCGACGAUAGCAGAAUAACUUGAGUUUUAAAUUUAAAAAUAUGUGCUCAGAAAAGCCAGCUUAUAAAUUAAAAAAUAAUAAUAAUAAGAUGAAAAACUCUAAACAGUUUAUUGUAAAUAUAAUGAAAAUUUAAAAACAAAAACAAAAAAAUAAUUCUCGUGCAAUCGGCUGGGUAAAAUACUCCAAAAUUAACAUGCUUAUACAUCAAAUAGUUGAAAAUUCUCCACUCAAAUACAUUUAAUAAUUAAAUAAUAGUUAAAUUUGAGAAAAUAUAAUUUUACUGAGGCCUUAAAAAUGUAUAUAAGCCAUGUUUAGAUCGUACAUAAAUACAAUGAAAAUACCGAUGCCAAUUACACUUGUUAAAUUACAAUAAUCACUGAGUUAAAAUAUUAUUACAUAAGUUUAAUUAAGUCAAUUUGUUUUUGUCGCAAUGAGCACUGUUAUGUAUGAUUUUAUUUUUCUGUAAAAAAAAAAAAAAAAAUACAUGCUACGUUCACAAAUGAAUGUUUUAAAUAUAUUUCUAUUGUGUGUUUGUUUUUUUUUUUUUAAAUUAAUUAU